AUGGCGGCGACAAAGGCGGGCGAGGUCCCACUCCUCUACUUCUUCUUCUCCCUGGAGCCGCUCGUCCUCCAUGGCGUGGACGCCGCGGUCCACGUCCUCCUCGCGCUCGCCGUCGCGGGGCGGUUUCUGUUCCGCCACUGCGGCCUCUCCUUCUCCGUCUCCGGCCGCGCCAAGUACGGGGAAGCGCGUGGAGGCGGCCCCCGCGGCGGAGGCCGGUUCCGGUGCCACGGGAUCGCGGCCUGCGCCACGUGGGCCUUGGCGGCGGCCGAGGUCCUGCUCGCGGCCUACUCGUGGUACCUGGGCGCCACCUCCGGCUCCGGGUGGUCGCGUGACGCGGUGGUGGGGCUCGUGGACGCGGCCGCGCGCGCAGUGGCGUGGCUGCUGCUCGCCGCGUACCUGCAGUUCGACUUCGGGCGGCGGCGCGAGGAGCGGUUCCCGGCGCCGCUCAGGCUCUGGUGGGCGUUCUUCCUGCUGCUGUCCAUCCUGGCCGUCGCCGACCACGUGGCGACGAGCCUCGACGGGCUCCUGGUGCCGGCGCUCGCGUGGGUGUUCGACGCCGUCUCGGUUGCUGCUGCCGUGGUCCUGUUCUGCGCUGGGUUCGUAGGCAGGAGGGAGGGAGGCGGCUCUUCUGCUGAGGAGCCUCUGCUCAACGGCGCGCAUGAGACGGCGGACGGCAACAGCCGCAGCGACGCCGAGGCGUCCAGGUUCACCGGCGCCGGUUUCUUCAGCGUGCUCACCUUCUCGUGGAUGGGCCCCCUCCUCGCCGUUGGCCACAAGAAGACCCUCGGCCUGGACGACGUCCCGGGGCUCGACCCCGGCGACAGCAUCUCCAGCCUGCUCCCGACGCUCAAGUCCAACCUCGAGGAGCUGGCGGGCGGCGUCUCCGGCUCCGGCCGGAAGGCCGUCACGGCGUUCAAGCUCACUAAGGCCCUGUUGCGCACCGUGUGGUGGCACGUCGCGGUGACCGCGUUCUACGCGCUGGUCUACAACGUCGCCACUUACGUCGGCCCGUACCUCAUCGACUCCCUGGUGCAGUACCUCAACGGCGACGAGAGGUACGCGAGCAAGGGGCAGCUCCUUGUCCUCGCGUUCAUUGUCGCCAAGGUAUUCGAGUGCCUGUCGCAGCGCCACUGGUUCUUCCGGCUGCAGCAGGCAGGGAUACGCGCGCGUUCCGCGCUUGUUGCCGUUGUGUACCAGAAGGGCCUCGCACUGUCAAGCCAGUCGAGGCAGAGCCGCACGAGCGGCGAGAUGAUCAACAUCAUCAGCGUCGACGCCGACCGCGUCGGGAUGUUCUCAUGGUACAUGCACGACCUCUGGCUGGUGCCGUUGCAAGUGGUCAUGGCGCUGUUCAUCCUGUACUCUACCCUCGGGCUCGCUUCCCUCGCCGCACUUGGAGCCACCGUGGUCGUCAUGCUUGCCAAUGUGCCUCCUGGGCGAAUGCAGGAGAAGUUCCAGCAGAAGCUCAUGGACUGCAAGGAUGUCAGGAUGAAGGCAACGUCUGAGAUCCUGCGCAACAUGCGGAUUCUGAAGCUGCAGGGGUGGGAGAUGAAGUUCUUGUCCAAGAUCAUUGAGUUGAGGGAAGACAGAGACAAAUUGGCUGAAGAAAUACCUCUACACAUCGACUUUGGUUACCUUUGUGUUCUGGGGGGCCCCGACUUUCGUUGCUGUGGUGACCUUUGGGGCGUGCAUGCUCAUGGGGAUUCCAUUGGAGUCAGGGAAAGUGCUUUCUGCUUUGGCCACACCAAGGUGUCUCUGGACAGGAUAGCAUCAUUCCUAUGUCUUGAGGAAUUGCCGACUGAUGCUGUGCAGAGGUUGCCAAAUGGUAGUUCAGAUGUUGCAAUUGAGGUCACCAACGGUUGCUUCUCCUGGGAUGCCUCACCGGAAUUGCCAACGCUGAAGGACCUGAACUUCCAAGCUCAGCAAGGCAUGCGUGUUGCAGUUUGUGGGACAGUGGGCUCUGGUAAAUCGAGCUUGCUAUCUUGCAUUCUUGGUGAGAUCCCAAAGUUGUCAGGAGAGGUUAAGAUUUGCGGGACGACGGCUUAUGUCAGCCAGUCAGCAUGGAUACAGAGUGGCAAAAUUCAGGACAACAUAUUGUUUGGCAAGGAGAUGGACAUGGACAAAUAUGAAAGAGUCCUUGAGUUGUGUUCACUGAAGAAAGACUUGGAGAUCUUGCCAUUCGGUGACCAAACUGUCAUCGGAGAGCGAGGGAUCAACCUGAGUGGUGGGCAGAAGCAAAGGAUUCAGAUAGCCCGCGCUUUGUAUCAGGAAGCAGACAUCUAUUUGUUCGAUGACCCAUUCAGUGCUGUUGAUGCUCAUACAGGGUCCCACCUUUUCAAGGAAUGCUUGCUCGGGGCUCUGUCUUCAAAAACAGUAGUUUAUGUUACUCAUCAGAUUGAAUUCCUACCGUCAGCUGACCUUAUUUUGGUGAUGAAAGAUGGCAAAAUAGCACAGGCAGGAAAAUACAAUGAAAUACUUGGUUCAGGAAAAGAGUUCAUGGAGCUAGUUGGUGCACACAAGGAUGCACUCGCAGAAUUGGACACAAUCGAUGCUGCAAACGGAAGCAGCGAGGGAUCCCCUUCCAGAGGUACAGCAAAACUGACCAGAUCUCUAUCGUCAGCUGAGAAGAAAGAUAAACAGGACGAAGGGAACAAUCAGAGUGGACAGCUGGUGCAGGAAGAAGAAAGAGAGAAAGGCAAGGUUGGGUUUUGGGUCUACUGGAAGUACCUCACCUUAGCUUAUAAGGGUGCACUUGUACCGUUAGUGUUGCUUGGACAGCUACUUUUCCAAGUCUUACAAAUUGGGAGCAAUUACUGGAUGGCUUGGGCUGCUCCCGUCUCAAAGGACGUUGAGCCUCCAGUGAGCAUGUCAACACUGAUAUAUGUCUAUAUCGCAUUGGCUGUUGGAAGCUCGUUGUGCGUCCUCCUAAGAGCGUUGUUUCUUGUAACAGCCUCAUACAAGACAGCGACUCUAUUAUUCGACAAGAUGCACAUGUCCAUAUUUAGAGCUCCUAUGUCUUUCUUUGAUUCCACUCCGAGUGGGCGCAUCUUGAACAGAGCUUCCACUGAUCAGAGCGAAGUGGACACCAGCAUUGCAUACCAGAUGGGUUCUGUUGCAUUUGCUGUCAUACAACUUGUUGGAAUCAUUGCUGUGAUGUCUCAGGUUGCAUGGCAGGUGUUUGUUGUUUUCAUUCCUGUAGUUGCUACCUGUUUCUGGUAUCAGCGAUACUACAUUGAUACAGCCAGGGAGCUGCAAAGGCUAGUAGGUGUUUGCAAAGCUCCUAUCAUACAGCAUUUUGCAGAAUCAAUAACAGGAUCAACCACCAUCAGAAGUUUUGGCAAGGAAAAUCAGUUUGUAUCGGCAAAUAGCCAUCUAAUGGAUGCCUACUCCAGACCGAAAUUCUACAAUGCUGGAGCGAUGGAAUGGCUUUGCUUUCGCCUGGAUGUGCUGUCAUCUCUUACAUUUGCAUUCUCUUUAAUAUUCUUGAUCAAUCUACCCACGGGUUUCAUCGAUCCAGGAAUUGCUGGUCUUGCAGUCACAUAUGGGCUUAACCUGAACAUGCUGCAAGCAUGGGUUGUCUGGAGCAUGUGCACUUUGGAGAACAAGAUUAUAUCAGUAGAGAGAAUUCUGCAAUAUAUAAGCAUUCCUGCAGAGCCACCUCUUUCCAUGUCAGAAGAUAAGCUGGCUCAUAACUGGCCAUCCGAAGGAGAAAUUCAGCUCCACGACCUCCAUGUGAAAUAUGCCCCGCAGCUGCCAUUUGUUCUGAAGGGACUUACAGUCACCUUCCCUGGAGACCUGAAGACCGGUAUUGUUGGAAGAACAGGAAGCGGCAAAUCCACCCUUAUACAGGCUCUUUUCCGUAUCGUGGACCCAACUAUUGGCCAGAUACUAAUAGACGGCGUCGACAUUUGCACCAUUGGUCUGCACGAUCUGAGAUCUAGACUGAGCAUCAUUCCACAAGAGCCAACCAUGUUUGAGGGGACUGUGAGAAGUAACCUUGACCCUCUUGGGGAGUACACUGACAGUCAAAUCUGGGAGGCCUUGGAUUGCUGUCAGUUAGGUGAUGAGAUGAGGAGGAAGGAACACAAGCUUGACUCACCAGUGAUAGAGAACGGCGAGAACUGGAGCGUGGGUCAGCGUCAGCUUGUAUGCCUUGGUAGGGUAAUCCUGAAGCGGAGCAAGAUCGUCGUCCUGGACGAAGCCACCGCUUCAGUGGACACCGCAACAGACAACCUGAUCCAGAAGACGCUUCGGCAGCAAUUCUCGGAGGCGACGGUCAUCACCAUCGCGCACAGGAUCACGUCGGUCCUCGACAGCGACAUGGUCCUUCUCCUCGACAACGGUGUGGCCGUGGAGCGCGACACGCCGGCCAAGCUGCUGGAGAACAAGUCGUCGCUCUUCUCCAAGCUCGUCGCGGAAUACACGAUGAGGUCGACGCACACGUAG